AAUAAAUAAAACCUGUACAUUGGAAUAAGGUUUUGUAAUAUGAUUGGUAAAUUGUCAAUCUCUCUGCCAAUGUGUGGUGCUGUUUUAACCUACACACACUGGCCACUUUAAUAGGAAUACCUGUACCCAUGCUUAUUUAUGCAAUUAUCCGAAUAUCAUGCAAAUAAUAUCUGCUGGAGAAAAUGUUAUCAUGGACUUUUUGAUGGUGGCAGAAACUGUGACAGAAAUCAAGGUCUGUGAUUUUUUUGUUUUGUUUUGUUUGUUUGUUUGUUUAUUUGUUCGUUUGUUACACUGCUCCGUUAUAUGUUUAACUGGUCGACGUGUCCAGUCCGUAAACCAGUAGGUCUACACGUCAUGUUUUGGAAUGUAAUGUGUUUGUCAGUGAAUAGGUUCAGGAAUAAAAAAUCUCUAUGGUUCCAAUAAAUAGCAGGAAUAUCAUUGUACAUAUUUGGAUAUUGAGCCUCGUAAUGAAUAGUUCAUGAAAUACGUGUGUAGUGAGGGGCGACGUGGAGUUGUUUUUACAGAUAAAAGGGUGUACAGAAAGUGAUCGUUAGUUUGAGAGCCCCUGUUUAACACGAGUCUGUUCAUGGCCUGCAGGUGGCACUGUCGUGCCUGAGUUUAUCCUUAACGCUUAUUUCAACAGCACAGAAGAACAACACGUGAUAGCAAAGCUAGUGAAUACUUAUUAUACCUAGCCCGUGGUGAUCUAUAUAUUUUUAAAUUCUUCCUUAGAUAUAACAUCACAGAGACUGCUACAAUGAAGUUGCUAACGCAUAACAUGUUGACGUCGCAUGUGAAAGGAGUAACUAAAGGAUAUCCUCUGCUGAUCAAGGCGACAGAGGUCAAAGUGAAUGAAAUCGAGUUCAACCCUCAGUUUGUGAGCCGAAUGAUACCAAAGUUGGAGUGGAGCGCUUUAAUCCAAGCAGCUGAAGGGCUGGGAUAUCUGCAGGAACUCCCCAGCACACCUGUAUCAAACUAUGAGAACGAUGAAGACUUUUUACGCAAAGUGCACAGAGUCCUACUGGAGGUGGAGGUGAUAGAGGGGGCUCUGCAGUGUCCUGAGUCUGGUAGAGAAUUCCCCAUCUCAAGAGGAGUUCCCAACAUGCUCCUCAAUGAAGACGAGUCAUAGGAGAUGUCCCCACUCCCGUUUUGUUCAUAUACAACAAACAGACAACACACCACAUUACAGUUGUAUGGGAUUUCAGCAGAGUUUAAUCGCAUUGCACUGAGUCGAGAUAUCAAAAAUCCAAACCCGGUCCUUAAUUUAAGAAGUUAAUCUUAAUAGCCAGUUCCACUGGUACUGGCCCUUGUUUCUUCAGUUCUUGCUUUUAUUAUGUUUUGUAAUAUACUUUUCAAUAAAAUCAUGUUACAACA